AUGGUUGCCUGUAUAUCAACUCUGCCACCGAUGAGUGCAGGUCCUCUUUUGGAGCAGCUCAGAGCCCCAGCAGGACCCACAGGUGCCAGUGCUGGUCUGUCAGGGAAGCCCUCAGAGCCCCAGCAGGACCCACAGGUGCCAGUGCUGGUCUGUCAGGGAAGCCCUCAGAGCCCCAGCAGGACCCACAGGUGCCAGUGCUGGUCUGUCAGGGAAGCCCUCAGAGCCCCAGCAGGACCCACAGGUGCCAGUGCUGGUCUGUCAGGGAAGCCCUCAGAGCCCCAGCAGGACCCACAGGUGCCAGUGCUGGUCUGUCAGGGAAGCCCUCAGAGCCCCAGCAGGACCCACAGGUGCCAGUGCUGGUCUGUCAGGGAAGCCCUCAGAGCCCCAGCAGGACCCACAGGUGCCAGUGCUGGUCUGUCAGGGAAGCCCUCAGAGCCCCAGCAGGACCCACAGGUGCCAGUGCUGGUCUGUCAGGGAAGCCCUCAGAGCCCCAGCAGGACCCACAGGUGCCAGCGCUGGUCUGUCAGGGAAGCCCUCAGAGGCCCAGCAGGACCCACAGGUGCCAGCGCUGGUCUGUCAGGGAAGCCCUCAGAGCCCCAGCAGGACCCACAGGUGCCAGCGCUGGUCUGUCAGGGAAGCCCUCAGAGGCCCAGCAGGACCCACAGGUGCCAGUGCUGGUCUGUCAGGGAAGCCCUCAGAGCCCCAGCAGGACCCACAGGUGCCAGCGCUGGUCUGUCAGGGAAGCCCUCAGAGCCCCAGCAGGACCCACAGGUGCCAGCGCUGGUCUGUCAGGGAAGCCCUCAGAGCCCCAGCAGGACCCACAGGUGCCAGUGCUGGUCUGUCAGGGAAGCCCUCAGAGCCCCAGCAGGACCCACAGGUGCCAGCGCUGGUCUGUCAGGGAAGCCCUCAGAGCCCCAGCAGGACCUACAGGUGCCAGCGCUGGUCUGUCAGGGAAGCCCUCAGAGCCCCAGCAGGACCCACAGGUGCCAGUGCUGGUCUGUCAGGGAAGCCCUCAGAGCCCCAGCAGGACCCACAGGUGCCAGUGCUGGUCUGUCAGGGAAGCCCUCAGAGCCCCAGCAGGACCCACAGGUGCCAGCGCUGGUCUGUCAGGGAAGCCCUCAGAGCCCCAGCAGGACCCACAGGUGCCAGCGCUGGUCUGUCAGGGAAGCCCUCAGAGCCCCAGCAGGACCCACAGGUGCCAGCGCUGGUCUGUCAGGGAAGCCCUCAGAGCCCCAGCAGGACCUACAGGUGCCAGCGCUGGUCUGUCAGGGAAGCCCUCAGAGCCCCAGCAGGACCUACAGGUGCCAGCGCUGGUCUGUCAGGGAAGCCCUCAGAGCCCCAGCAGGACCCACAGGUGCCAGUGCUGGUCUGUCAGGGAAGCCCUCAGAGCCCCAGCAGGACCUACAGGUGCCAGCGCUGGUCUGUCAGGGAAGCCCUCAGAGGCCCAGCAGGACCCACAGGUGCCAGCGCUGGUCUGUCAGGGAAGCCCUCAGAGCCCCAGCAGGACCCACAGGUGCCAGCGCUGGUCUGUCAGGGAAGCCCUCAGAGCCCCAGCAGGACCCACAGGUGCCAGUGCUGGUCUGUCAGGGAGGCCGUCAGAGCCCCAGCAGGACCUACAGGUGCCAGCGCUGGUCUGUCAGGGAGGCCGUCAGAGCCCCAGCAGGACCCACAGGUGCCAGCGCUGGUCUGUCAGGGAAGCCCUCAGAGCCCCAGCAGGACCUACAGGUGCCAGCGCUGGUCUGUCAGGGAGGCCGUCAGAGGCCCAGCAGGACCCACAGGUGCCAGCGCUGGUCUGUCAGGGAGGCCGUCAGAGCCCCAGCAGGACCCACAGGUGCCAGCGCUGGUCUGUCAGGGAAGCCCUCAGAGCCCCAGCAGGACCCACAGGUGCCAGUGCUGGUCUGUCAGGGAGGCCGUCAGAGCCCCAGCAGGACCCACAGGUGCCAGCGCUGGUCUGUCAGGGAAGCCCUCAGAGCCCCAGCAGGACCCACAGGUGCCAGCGCUGGUCUGUCAGGGAAGCCCUCAGAGCCCCAGCAGGACCCACAGGUGCCAGCGCUGGUCUGUCAGGGAAGCCCUCAGAGCCCCAGCAGGACCCACAGGUGCCAGUGCUGGUCUGUCAGGGAAGCCCUCAGAGCCCCAGCAGGACCCACAGGUGCCAGCGCUGGUCUGUCAGGGAAGCCCUCAGAGGCCCAGCAGGACCCACAGGUGCCAGCGCUGGUCUGUCAGGGAGGCCGUCAGAGACCCAGCAGGACCCACAGGUGCCAGUGCUGGUCUGUCAGGGAAGCCCUCAGAGCCCCAGCAGGACCUACAGGUGCCAGCGCUGGUCUGUCAGGGAAGCCCUCAGAGGCCCAGCAGGACCCACAGGUGCCAGCGCUGGUCUGUCAGGGAAGCCCUCAGAGGCCCAGCAGGACCCACAGGUGCCAGCGCUGGUCUGUCAGGGAGGCCGUCAGAGCCCCAGCAGGACCCACAGGUGCCAGUGCUGGUCUGUCAGGGAAGCCCUCAGAGGCCCAGCAGGACCCACAGGUGCCAGCGCUGGUCUGUCAGGGAGGCCGUCAGAGACCCAGCAGGACCCACAGGUGCCAGCGCUGGUCUGUCAGGGAGGCCGUCAGAGGCCCAGCAGGACCCACAGGUGCCAGCGCUGGUCUGUCAGGGAGGCCGUCAGAGACCCAGCAGGACCCACAGGUGCCAGCGCUGGUCUGUCAGGGAAGCCGUCAGAGGCCCAGCAGGACCCACAGGUGCCAGCGCUGGUCUGUCAGGGAGGCCGUCAGAGGCCCAGCAGGACCCACAGGUGCCAGCGCUGGUCUGUCAGGGAGGCCGUCAGAGCCCCAGCAGGACCCACAGGUGCCAGCGCUGGUCUGUCAGGGAAGCCCUCAGAGCCCCAGCAGGACCCACAGGUGCCAGCGCUGGUCUGUCAGGGAGGCCGUCAGAGCCCCAGCAGGACCCACAGGUGCCAGCGCUGGUCUGUCAGGGAGGCCGUCAGAGGCCUGUUUAAGGACCCACAGGUGCCAGCGCUGGUCUGUCAGGGAGGCCGUCAGAGGCCUGUUUAAGGAUCUGUGA